UGUAAUGAACCGAAUUAGUCGAAUCGGAACUGCUGUUUUGUAUCGAUCAGUAUGAGAAUAUUAAACGUGUUAGGAUUUUUCGGCGUUUUUUGGUUUAAUUCCAAUCAAUGCAACGCCUCUUCUGUUAUGCAAACAUAUUUGGAAGCACGAGAAUGCAAAGAUGUGGAAAGUACAGUAAUGCGUCUUAAGGAUCAUCUUUUUUGCGAUUAUGAUCUGAGUGUCCAACCGAAUUAUCCCAAAGCAACUAAUGUCACCAUGCAAUUAAUGCCACAGUUAAUAACAUUCACCGAACACAAUAGUAAAUUAUCACUUGAUUGCUGGAUAUCAUUUUUUUGGUCGGAUCCGCAACUAUCUUGGACAUCAAGCGAUUACGAUGAGAUUACUUUUAUUCAUGUAAACAGCUGGGAGAUCUGGACACCCACAUUGUUCAUCGUAAAUUCUGCUGAUAUGUCAAGUGAUCAGUAUUAUUUUCCUCCAAGAGACUGCUUCCUCUAUAAGGAUAAUUCUAUUUUGUGCGUGUUCGCGACAAAAUUUAUUUCCAAAUGUGCUCCCGAUUAUACUUAUUGGCCAUACGAUAAGCAUCACUGUCGCAUCACAUUUAUGUCAUGGGUGAAUAUAAACGAGGAAGUCCAUCUCCAGAUAGACGAAAAUGGGAUUGGUAUGAGUGAAUACCAAAAUAAUUCAAGGUGGGAUUUCAAGUUUAUAAAUUCAACAAACGAUACCCUUUCGAGUAUUACUUACAACUUCUUACUAACGCGCCAUCAUGGCAUAUAUCACUCAUCCUUUAUCGUACCAGCUAUCGCUUUGAUAUUGUUAACUAUAACAGUGCUCUGCCUUGAUGUAAAAUCGACUGAACGAAUGGCAGUAGCAAACGUGAAUUUUAUUUGCCAUUUGCUCUGCAUGUACAUGAUACAAUGGACAGUACAAUACAAUGGUGUUAAUCCCCCGAACAUAUUUAUAUUUUAUCGUGAAUCCUUGGCGUUGGCUACCUACACGGUAAUUUUGACGGUCUUAUUACGGAAAUUGGAAGACAUGAGCAUAAUGAUACCAAAUUGGAUUUUAUCCAUUACAACGUUUACUUUGAGCAACAAGGUGGGACGUUUUCUGAUUCUAAAAGAUGAUGAAUCCAAGAUAACAGGCAAAGAUAUAGCGACCGAAGAAAGCUCAGAUAUUCCAAAAGCUGAAGUGAGCAUAAAAGAAUCGUCUUGGAAAUAUUUUGCUGCUAUUAUUGACUGGUUAUCUCUCUUCUGCGUGAUUCUCACUUAUCUCAUUGUUUUAAUUAUUCUAAUACCUACGAGUUAAUCUAUAAUAAAGAACAUUGACCGUAUUGUU